AAGCGAGCUGUGAAGAGAUUUAUAGUUGGUUGAGCGUUCAUAUGAGAUGUGGAAUUUUUGAGACAGGAUAGCACGCAGUUCAAUGUGAAGAAAUUUUUAAAAAGUUUUAAGUUGUUGUUAUCUCGUGGAAAUGUUUUGAUUUUUAACUCGUAUAUAGAGAAUAAGUUAAAAUAUAGAAUUAUAGACGGAAUUACAGAAUUUAUAAAAUUUAAUAUAUAUUACUAACAUCAACACUUCGGACAAGAUGGAAGUCGAUUAUCCGAGUGUUAUUAUUGACGACGAGCCUUUACUUGAGAGAGAAGACAGACCAAGGUCUCGAACUUGGCCCAUCCUUCCACCGCCCAUUGAAACUAUACACGAACAUGAAAGAGAUGCAGAGAUUGCUGAACCGCCCCCUAUUAUCGAGGAAGUCGAACCUGAAGAAGAGCCUACGAAUGAUACUUUAAAGGCUGAAACAAACCCGAGAAAAAACUCUCGUAAAAAUGCCUGGGGGAAUUUAUCUUACGCUGAUUUAAUAACACAAGCCAUUCAAAGCUCUCCAGAACAACGUUUAACUUUAUCUCAAAUUUAUGAAUGGAUGGUACGAAAUAUACCAUACUUUAAAGAUAAGGGUGAUUCUACAUCAAGUGCAGGAUGGAAGAAUUCCAUUCGGCAUAAUUUGUCGCUUCACAGCCGCUUUAUGCGAGUUCAAAAUGAUACCAAUGGAAAGAGCUCGUACUGGGUGAUCAAUCCCGACGCAAAACCCGGAAAGUCCAGUAGACGCCGCUCAGGAUCGGUUGAUGGUCAACCAAAAGGCGAUAAGAAUAAACGCAUUCGAAAUAAAAAGUUACACCAAAGUACCGAUGAUAUAUCUUCGCUGUCGCCGAACAGCAUAAAGCUAAAACAAAACAGGUCGUACGAAAAUUUAUUCGCUGCCUCGCCGUGCUCAAGUACGGACUCUCUAUCAAAUCUGGAGGAGUUUCACUCUGAUUUGCAAUACGCGCCUUACACGGGAGAAAGUUUCGCUCGCCCUCGUUCAACUUCCAACGUGUCCACACAAAGCAGUGUAAAUGGAAGUGCUACACCGACUCACGCUGAUUUAGACGAUAUAAUACCUUUCGAUGACAACCAAGUUGUCGUUUCUGGAUUAAACGAUGAAGUUGAAUCGAUGUCUAUCGAUAGUCAAGUUAAUACGAUGACGAGUACGAUUAAUUUGAACGAUAGUUUAAAGUACGCAGGCAAUAACGACAAUUUGAUGCAACCGAGACGACCACAUUCAGACUCGUUCGGCAGUGGUGACUCUGGCUACGAAAGCCCUGCUGCCUCAUUUCUCUCGCCUCCAAUCCAGCAAGUGGGAAAUCGUACUAUGCCGAAGCUGCCGUCACCGACAGUCGUCCCUAACAAGCCUCCUCCACCUUACAAUAAUGGUUUCCAUCCACAGAUGAGGCAGCAACAACUACGCCAGGAUAUGACCAUGCCUGGUUUUUAUCAUCAAUCCAACAUGAAUUCGCAGCAAGCUAGAAUGAACAUGAUAAAUAGUCACGUACCAAGACUAAAACAUCUGCCGAUGGUCAACCAAAACGGAUUCCCGUCGCAACCAUCCCAGGCUUCGCUUUACGCGCAGCAACAACGAAUGGCUGGAAGAAACUUUGUUGGUGUUCAAAACACUAUGUUUGAUGGCUACUUGUUGUCAAAUGGAAAUAUAGCUGCUCCUAACGUGACCGUGGACAAUAAAUUAAAUCACUUUCAACAGCAACAGCACACACGUAAGAAUAUGUUCAGUGACAUUUCAACAGACAUUCCAGUUGACCUUCAUCAAGUUGAAUUAUUUGAUUUUGACGAUCAACAGCAGUUGGCUAGUGACUUGGCUGCCAUUAUUAAAAACGACCUAAAGGAAUCGAGUUUGCAACAGAUAGGAGGUUUCAAAAACGACACAAACAAUAAUACUAAAGGCAAUACUUUCAAUCAACAGCCGAGCGUAACAACUUCGUUUCCAGGCCAGCACUGGGUCCGAUGAUAAACAAGAAAAGGUUUUUCGGGUGAUGGAAGGAAGCGAAUGAGCCUUGUUUAUGUACGGCCACGGAUAUGCGAAUAAGGAAAAAAUAAGCUGUAAAUGCAAAUGUUUUACUAUACGUGGUCAAACUUACCGCGAAAAGGAGAUGUUAAAGUUAUAUCAAUUUUUUCGAAACGUCAAAAUUUUAAACUGUGCAAACGUUGGCCUUACUAAAACGAAAAUGAUAAACCUUUUUCCCAAAGGAUUGGAAACGCGAAAAUUUAUUAUUUAUGGCGUCAAUGUAAAGACCUGUCUACUUGACAACCAUUGAGUUUCCAUGACUACUGUAUAUAAACCUUGUUAAAAGGGCAGCUCACAAUGUAUGGCGUGGGUGUCAGAAGACGUAUUUCGCAUUCAUCAUUGGUUAUAAAAAUGUUUGUGGAAUGUCUCUUACACAAGGUUAUUCACGCAGCAAAAGAGAUAAAAUUUAUUUUUUAAUAUUUUCCCAUACCCUGCGUUUUGAUCUUCAAAAUAGUUCAAGAUCUUUGAACUCGAAAAUGACGUCAUAAAGGAGCCCCGCCGCGUCUUUUGACGAUUUUUUCAAAUAAGGUAUUGGAUCUAGUAUAAUUAUAUAAUUUAGAAAUUUUUACGCCUACCGAAAUAUUUAUUAAAUUUUUUUGUACGAUGAACUUGUAUGGGAUUUUUGUAAUGGUUUUCAUUUCUAACACUACUGUUCUCAGCAGUCUGGGUACUAGUCUCUGUAUUUCGUAGAAAUUCCAAACGCAUAAAUAUAUUACCCUUAUUCAGUUCAGAAUUCGUUGUAAAUAUUGUUUAUAAAUUAAAAAGAAAUCUCUACUGCCAUCAAUUAAA